AUCUGUGCGCUGCCUGACAUCUUUCUUUGUGCAAUUUCUGUAGAGUCUCUCGUGAAAAAUCCCGUUAUUUCGCUUUCGUAAUUCAUCUAACAAAGGUAUUAUCUGUUCGCGAGUGUUCACCGCAAUUUGUGGGACAACAAGUAAAAAUUGUCGACCGUUCCAAGUUACGGUGUUAAUAAUUUAUUUUCAUUAAAAAAUUAUCGAUUUUAGUCAUCUCGUCGAGAAGAAUUGUUUUCAUGCUGUUUAUUUAUUAGUGCCGUCGGGUGACUGGCGAACAAGCAACAUUUUUCGGGUCACAGUCCAACCUAAGAGUGAGCCGUGUCUUGGGGGAAAAGCACUCCGGGCACUACGGUGGCCCCAGAUACACCGGCCCCAGCGCCCCAGCCUCCCGUGGAAGGGAUGCGGCGCGUUACUGCACGCUUCGACUAAGUCCUCGACGUAAACAGCCGUUUCCUCUCGAGGGCUCAUGAUUGAUCGCGAUACGAACUGCCAAUAGCUAUGACUGAUGCACGUGCGUCAUCUAGUUCACUCACGGCAGGAGAAGGGGUGCUGGAGAUGACAGGCACAGAUAAUAUACGGUUUAGCGGGUCAACGCUAGACAAAGCCACCAAAGCCAAGGUCACCUUAGAGAAUUUUUACACGAACCUCAUCACACAGCACUUAGAAAGAAAACAGAGGCUCGAAAAGUUAGAAGAGUCUUUGAAAGAUGACAGCCUUACAGAGAGCCAAAAGAAAGAGAAAAGACAACAACAUGCUCAGAAGGAAACAGAGUUCCUCAGACUUAAACGGUCGAGGCUCGGCGUGGAAGAUUUUGAACCGCUUAAGGUUAUCGGACGAGGCGCCUUUGGAGAAGUUCGACUGGUGCAAAAGAAAGAUACAGGACACGUUUACGCUAUGAAAAUACUCAGAAAAGCUGACAUGUUGGAAAAAGAACAGGUAGCCCACGUUCGUGCAGAACGUGACAUCUUAGUAGAAGCCGACCACCAAUGGGUCGUCAAAAUGUACUACAGUUUCCAAGACCCCAUGAAUUUGUACCUAAUCAUGGAGUUCUUACCUGGUGGCGACAUGAUGACGUUACUCAUGAAGAAGGACACCCUCAGUGAAGAGUGCGCACAGUUCUACGUGGCGGAGACGGCACUCGCGAUUGACAGUAUACACAAGCUGGGCUUCAUACACAGAGACAUAAAGCCUGACAACUUACUACUGGACGCGCGCGGCCACAUCAAACUGAGUGACUUCGGUCUCUGCACCGGCCUCAAGAAGAGUCACCGCACAGACUUCUACCGGGACCUCUCGAGAGCAACACCCUCGGAUUUCACUCUACACUUCAAUUUCUCGUAUGCAGUAUCGACGUCGUCGUCGGCAAUGGACUCGAAGCGGCGGGCCGAGUCGUGGAAGAGAAACAGAAGGGCUCUGGCCUAUUCGACUGUAGGCACACCCGACUACAUAGCCCCCGAGGUAUUCCUGCAGACUGGGUACGGCCCGCAGGCGGACUGGUGGAGUCUCGGCGUUAUCAUGUACGAGAUGUUGAUCGGCUACCCUCCGUUCUGUUCGGAGUCCCCUCAGGAGACGUACAGGAAGGUGAUGUCGUGGCGGGAGUCCCUCACCUUCCCGCCCGAGAUACCCAUCAGUGAGGAAGCACGGGAGACCAUAUUACGCUUCUGUUCAGAACCAGACCGCAGAUUGGGUUCUCAACGCGGCAUCGAGGACGUCAAGUCGGUGUCGUUCUUCCGCGGCGUCGACUGGAGCCACGUGCGGGAGCGUCCCGCCGCAAUCUCCGUGGAAGUUCGCUCUAUAGACGAUACUUCUAACUUCGACGACUUCCCAGACGUCAAGCUCGAAAUACCAUCAGCGCCAAUCCCACAAGACGGCGAGGUGGCGUACAAAGACUGGGUGUUCAUCAACUACACGUUCAAGCGGUUCGAGGGGCUCACACAGCGCGGGACCCCCACCAAGAAGUGAAGCCUCGGUCUCCGAGUAACACUGCUUUCAGUCUAAACUGCUGCAGCCCCUGCGCUACCUAGCCUUGCCAAGCAAUAUAGAUGUUAACCUUCGUUAGGCGGUCGAUAGCAGCGCUAGACAGGCCCUGGCUUCGUAUAACUGCCUGCUAUGUUAUUAUUACUUAGUAAUACGUACGAUAGGCAUACGGUAGGUGGUCUACACUUGAGGAAGCAGAAGCAUAGUAGACCUUAGUGCAGUUUAAUGAUAGAGUUAAUUGAGACAAAUCCUUAGUAAUAUCUCUCUUUACUUAAUAAGAUCUCGAAAGUUAACCCUUAGACGUCAUCCUCGGAUAGUAAGAUCGUAAUAUAGCAAUACAUCGCUAGGUAGGUCUGCCCGCUCUUUGUUUCUAACUAUAUUGAAAUAAAAGUGCGAUUAUUUCAUAAUGUAACAUGUAUGAUACGGCGUAAAGUUAAAGCUAUAAGUCUCGUGUGCCUACCUCUAUUUGUGCCUACCUCCGCAUGCAUUUGCGACACUUUAGUCUGAAAGCAGUCUGCAAUAACAAUUGAUGACAAUCCUGUAAUAUCACCGGUUGACUGUAUGUACUGACAUGAAUCGCGUGUCUGGUCACAACUACCCCGGCCUGUAGCGCUUGCCUAGCUGUCGUCGGUGCAAGCCGACCACGUGGACUAGUGGAUCAAUUCGAACAAUUGUUUAUACCCUUGUACUCCAAUGUUUCGCCUGAAUCACUAAAUUAUGAAGUAACAGGCGCAAGUCGUGUAUUGUAGAUGACGCUGAUUUACUUGACAAUAUUCUCGCACUGAAUGCUAUGAUUUUAAAUGUAUAUAUUGCUCGUAGACAAUUUUUCAAAUACUGUUUUACUAAUCGAAAUCUUUACUUUCCAUUUGUUUCUGCUUCUUGUUUUCGAGAUAUGCAAAAAUAGGAUCGCCGUGAUUGUUUACUUACAGAUACGAAAGUGACACUGAAAUAUGUUGAUGUAAUAAUAAUAAUUGUACAGUGCGUAGGUCUAGGCUAACAUUGGAUAUUGAUAUUUUUAAAGUUAUAGUAUUAAAGAAACCAAAUAAUGAUAUGUAAAAGAGAACACGUUAAACGAUGAAAUUAAUAUUCCCGAAAUUGGUUUGCCCAUGAUAUUGACAACACGCUUUUCGUCUUUUUCGCUUUGAUAUGUUGUAAUUGUUGUGAUGAUUUUAUUUAAUAUCGAGGGAUGCACUCGUUGGCGAUGCCAAUACAUCGUAGUGAUAGUGUACGUGACGAACUUAUGCAGAAUGACUACGAAAUGAUCAUGAAUAAGAAUAAUCAUAAAGCCUUCAUCGACAAAUUGCCAAAUGUAUACUGCCGACAAGUAUGAAGUAAUAUCGAAUCUUGCAAUAAGUUAUCGAUGAUAUGUCUUAAAUUAAAUUAUACACAUUUAUUUGAUUGCGCUAUUUAUACGAUAUCGCUGUUUGUUACUUGUUACAACCGGCAAUACAAUGUGUUCUAUUUAUUAUUCAAGUUUUGUAAUAAUUUUAGUUAGGAGUUGCGUGCAUCAAGUGAAUUCCUAUUCAGUUUUGCCCGUUUCUGAGGCUUGGUUAUAGCCUUGUUAAUAUCAGUUGUGAAACAUUAAAAACGAAUCCGUUAAACAGCUGAUAUUUAUAUUGCAGUACUUAGAUAGCUUUGUUGAGCAAAUCGUAUUUCAAUAUUUCGGAGUUUAGUACUCUCGUAAAGUUGGACGAAGCACUUGCUGAAGGAGUUAAUAUAGUUUUGAGUGAAUUGCCAACGUUUUAGUGGUAGGCAUUCAGCCACGACUUGCCUUAACCCUAGCCAUAAGGCACGGAUACGGAACGAGCAAUAAUGCACUCUAACCCCGAACUGCUUGAGACAAUAUUCUGUUGAUUAAGUUAAUAAAAUACCUCAUAAGCUGCAAUAACAUACGUGAUAGGUUGUAAUUGUAAAAAUAAAAGUGUCUUUAUAUAUAGUGGUGCGUCUAGAAAUAUUGAACUAACUAACCUAUAGCAUAGGAUGAGUUUUUGAAAUAAAAUAAGAGAAACGAAAAAACUAAAAAAGUAAUUGUGGACUGCUUAUUUUUGAGGAUAUAUACAAUACACUGCUUCCAUUGUUGUCCUAAUAGGUUUGAUGUGCCGCUUCAAAAACUUACCCUGUACAUAAGACACAGUCAUCGGAAUGUACUAGACAGUUCCUUCUGUUACAUUUCCUGUAGUAGCUGUACUCGACAAGAAAAUACGAGAGGUACAUGUGUUCUAUCGUGCCAGCACACGACACGUGUGUGCACUUAUAUGUCUUCUUAUCGGUGCGCGACACGAUGGAAGCAUACCCUGCGUCGCUUGCGACAUCGAGUACUCGUUGUUUAAAUAAUCGUACUCUCUUUCGUGGACUACUCAUUAGGCACUCCUAUCACAACUAAUCUCUAAACUAUUUCUUAUUUCGUUUAUUAUAUGUUUUAUUUACUUUUAUUCGAUUGUAAAUUAAUUAUACUAUUUAAUCAACAGGAAUACUUUCCUCUCUGCCUCUCUCGUAACUAUUACUAUUCGAAAGUAAAUACUUACCUAUUUAUAUUUUAUAUUUAUACAACUAAUAGUGUACAAAAAUGUAUAUUUUGAAGGCCACGUUCAAUUCAUUCGCAAUAGAAUUCCGUCCAAAAUUAUGUUACUAUAAUAAAGUAUUUUACCAAAAAUAUUAAUAUAUUUACCUUUAUGUAGUUGGCGUUGUAUGCUAGUAGGAGACUUUUCUUACCUAUUUAUUUUAUGGAUUUUCGAGGCUUUAACUGACUUUAAAUAGAUAAUCAGAAAGAAGAAGAUUAUAGACUGAAUCGAGAGACACCGACUUGACGUGAAUACUCGGCAACUUUUGGACAGUCCUGAGGGGAUAUUUUCUGAUUUUAGAUCUGACUGUUAUGAUGAAAGAAUAAAUGGCAAAUAAGACAUGAAGGUACGAAGCAUGCUAGGCUCCCCAGUCGGCUUGCUUCACUAGAUCUAGUAAACAAUGGGCAAUGCGACCUAUACCUCAUGAAAUUGCCCGUGAAAUAGUUAAUAUGAAGUGUUACAGCAACGUAUUCACGCCAAUUAGUCUAAGAUUGAUAUCUCUGCCUGUCCCGUUUACCUUGCAGCCAACCUUAUGUAUUUAAAAUUGUUGGCAUGAGCAAUAUUAGCUAUUAAAGAGAGAGGUUGGUAUUCCUGAGUACAUUUGCUUUAGCAAAGUAUUCCUGUCGUUGUCGCUCUAUUAUUUUCUGUAAGCGCAAGACAGAGAAGACUAAACAUUGUUAAAAUAUGUGUUCAAUAUUUUCUUCUUUUUCAAGUAUUUUAUUCUUUAUUUCUUCAAUGUUCCCUGGUAGUUCGUGUGUUAUAUUUUGUGUAACUAUAGUAUGUAAGACAGACGUUACCGGCAAUGUAUACAGCACAUUCAAUUUAAUGAAUACAAAGCACAUCUGUCAUAUAUAGAUAUUCACAGAUUUGUAAAAAUAACAUUUUUUGAUCAUAAUGAAAUUUUUGAUUUAAUUUUUAUUGGGAUUCCUGUGUUCAUAUAAAAGUAGGGAAUCAGUCAAGUUUUGCUCACUCUUUGCCAAGUAUUGCGCUACUAGUUACGGCUACCUCAAAUUAUCAGUACAUUGAACUUAGCACAGACAUAAAGUCAGUCGUUAAAGAACUAGGAUUUAUAUUGUUACAAUAAAGUUAAAGUGUUAAAAGAUGACAUUAAUGUGCGUAUCAAUCAGAGAUAUUUUUAGAAGAUAUUGUUCCUGUGUAUAAAGCUUUUGUGGUUCAAUGUACUUAUUGGUGGAGCUGAUAAUGUAAGGUAGUCUCUAUUCGGACCUGUCUCCUAGGCCCUGGUUGUACCUCGCAUUCAAUGGUCACUACGUAUUGUAUAGUACAAUGAAAUAGCACAUUGCCGGUAACUAUAUUAUAAUCAAAUGCACUUUACAAGGAACAUUUUGGUGUUAGAAUGAAGUUAAACAUAGUAAUUAAUAUCUUUAGAGUAUAUAUUUCAAUAUGAGAUAGUGACUCGUAUGAACUAUCACAGAAAUCCACGAAUUACACCGUGCGAACAAGUUGCUUCCAUUUUAUUAUAGUAUUCUGAUUGUACAAGUAUACAAUAUACAUCAAGAAAUUAUUAAUUUUAUACGAAGGUACAUUUAUGUAUUAUCCAUUACAUAUGUAUGUACAUGUACAGUGCGAAUAAGAGAUAAAUGUGCAAUAAUUACAAUUGUCAAAUUUCGAUGUAGUUCAAAGUAUAUUUUUUCAAGGAAAAUUGUGCUUAGUAGGUAAUAUACAUAGUUAACGAUUACGUUACUUGUCGGCCGCCACCUAUGUAUAUGUAGGAGACGCUGCGGUCUCUGCGUGGAAUAUGAACAAUGAAUUAUUUCUGAUCAUACUUGUUUAUUGUACGCACGUAUGUAAGCGUAGUCAAUAUCUAUCAACCCUCUUAUAUUCUAAACUAAUUCUAAAUAGGCUAUUGAAAAUAUUAAAAUAAAAGACACUAAAACAGCGACACUUUUCAAUGUUAAGAUAUUCACAAGGCGAUCUUUAUCUUUAAGUUUUUAACUUUUACUUGUUCUUAGCACGUUAUAUAAUGAAAUCACUGCUUGUUGCACACAAUUUGUCAAAUUCUCAGCUAUAGUAAGACACUAGAAGACAUGAGAGUUUAGCCACGUCCAGUCACUGGCCCCGCGGAGGGCAGUAGGCAGUGUGACUAGUGAUACCCGUUACACAAUUCUAAGCAUCACUGAUAUACGUAAGUUAGACGUUACGUUGGCCGCGCGCGGUGUUCUACUCGAUAUCACAGAUUCGCCAGCUUCCGUGCCGCAGACGACACUCGAGCCGGAGGUGAUAGAUUAUUUAUAAGUAUAGGUGUAUUUUUGUGUCUGUUUAAAUACCUUUAGAAAAUUCCUGACUACAGCGACAUGUCGCGUUCUAAUCGUUAGAAAAUAAAUGAAACUGAAAAUAAUAUCCUAUAAUAUUUUUACACUAACAUAGUAAGCACAUUAUAAUUCUCAUUACGUAAUAUUAACUUGUACAAACUGACAAAUUCUCUUUUUUAUAGAUAUUAAUAAAUAGUACAACUUAGUUGCACGCUAAUACUGAACUUCGUUUGUGUAUCUUUCAUGCUCUACCAUUUCUAAAUGACGCAUGCAGUGAUAUGCUGUAAGACAGGCCGUGUUUGGCAAUAUACUGCCGACUGAGUACUCGCCAGUUCCUUGAAGGCUCGUUACAUAAUAUCACGGCGUGCGUCGAUUAACUUCGUGCUUAAGUAUGUUUGUAUGGGAAACAAUCUCUCUCGGCCGUGUCCAACAUAACGUGACCGGUCGUGCUAUCUUCUAUGAAGACCCUGUGCGCUACACGUGUUGUCGUGUACUGCCACAGGGCCGUUACGUUGGCACAGGGCCGACUGGAGCGAAGGACGGCCACCUUCUAACUACAAAUCUUCCUCGAUUUUGCAUCUAACGCCUGACUUCAUCGGUUAGCCUUCUGCUUAGCAUAGUACUAAUAUGACAAGUUUGGUGUUGUAUAAUUUUAAUGUUAGCGGUUUGUAUAAUUUGGAUUCGAUGUGUGUUGAUUUAGUUGACACGUUGGCUGCAGAAACCGCCCUGCACGCUGUGCAUCAUCGCGUGUAUGUACUGAGUGUAGUGUGAUGCGCCGGCGCCGGCGGGGGCUUUCCGCGGCGAACUGCGUAGUGUGACGUUUGUGAGGGCUGUUCGGACGGGCGGGCUCGGGGCAACACCAGCUCCGCUAGCUCCGUGCUACUAUUUCCACUAACACUUGUUACUGUACACUGGCAUCCACCGUGAACUGUGAGAAAGCCACAAUAUUGCCAUUCGCUGCACACAAGUAUUGCAAUGUCUGACAUCAAUAUAAACAAUAAAGAUUGUUAUUAUAAUUGAUAUGGUUCCUUUAGCUUGUACAGUGAAAUCGACGCGUGUACUUUGCUAGAGUUGCUCACAUUUGCCAAAAUUUUUCUGUCAAUUAUUUUAUCUGUUUGGCUUACGUACAUUGCGUGUAUGGCACAUUAUAAUAAUAUAUUAUAUAUUGGUAUUAAUGAAUAUUCGUCACACUUCAUAGAGGCUAUAAGUAAGCGAGUCUCAGAGACUUUAUACAGUGCGCACCGUUCACACGAAUAGCCCAUUAGUGAUGUAGAUGUUAACUCGGUUCAAUUUAGUUGAAUUAUUUCGUUUUUGUCAAUAAUACAUAUUAAUUUAAAUGUAAUUUAAUUAUUGUAAUAGUUUGUUGUACACAAACGCGUAUCACAGCUGAGAACGAGGUCGGCUCGCUAUAUGACGCUGUAUUCAUGUCAUGAACUGAACAUGAAGCACUUUACAUGAUAGUUACUAUUUGUUUGCUUCCCUGAACUGAUAACAAUAAAAUGUCUUAAUGUUAUUUAGCGGUUAUUUGUUGUAAGGCAAGCCUCUGCGUUCUCGUUCGCGAGUAAACACAAGAACAUUGUGAUGUCGCACCAUUGAAUUACAUUGACACAAAUGCAUACUCUUAAAAUUAACUUUAUCAUCGGGAAAUGCUCUAUAAAGUGACAAGCUUUAUUAUAUGUAACUUGUACUUGGGCAACCACAUCUGGUUAGGUCUAUCAUAGACUAUUUUUGUAUAUAAUGAAGAAGUAAUUGUAUUAUUUUAAAUUGAAUCAUUUUGUGCCUCACGUCUUUGUUCUUCAUAUUUCUUUUUAUUUAUUUAAUUUAAUUUUAGUGUAACAAUGACAAAUGGCUGCAGGCGCUGUAUAUUUUGAGAAAAUGUAAUAUAAAAACAAUGUAUUUUAUAAAUAGUGAAGGAAAUGUAAUCAAGGAUCUAGAUACAGUUGUCUUAAGUUGAAAGUUAAGUCCAUUUGCGUUAAUAUAAUUCUUAUGGUGCGAUGUGAGGUAUUGUUCAGUCAAUGAAUGUAUUAAAUUUGACAUGCAAUGUGAUGGUGAGAACAAUCGUACUUAGAGGGGCACGUGUACGACAUAAGUGCGAUGUAUAAUGUGCCUGUGUGUGGCACGUGGCUGCUCCGGAGUACCUUGACAAUAUUAUAUCAUGAAAUCAAUUUGUGUAGUGGCUUUGGCCAUCCUAUCAGAGAUGUUGUUUUAUUAUUGUGAUGUAUAGCGUCGUUACGAAGUGCGCGGGACCCGACCGCGAUCAAAUAAAUCAUAGCUAUUCGCUUUGUUAUUGUUGUUCGAAAUAAUGAUAAUGAAAAAUAAUUAUGAGUUAUUUAAUUUCUUUAAUAAUAAAUCUUUAAGUAUUUUGUUUAAUACUUUUAUUGUUUCUUCCAUGUGAUUUAAGAAAGUGGCAAUAUGAUUAAGCAUUAAAGCGAUAUGAACUUUGA